GUUUACAACUGGUGAUGUAAAAGGCAAGCUGCCUUCGUGGGUCCGCCCUUACGUGAAUGUUUAUGACAACUUUGGGCACGCAGUCAGAAGCGUCUCCCUCUUCUUCCGCGUUGCUCAAGAAAUUAUGCCCCCACCCCUGCCACAAUGCCGUUCUGGCUCUGCUGGUUCCCUAAAUGAAAGUGAUACAGCACCAUCUACUUCAUCCGAGCAGAUCCUCUCCCUGAAAAAGGCCAAAAACUUGGAUGACCAUGUUCCUAGUUUGAAGAGGAAAAGAGCUGUGAUGCCAGUAAAUGGAGAUGGAGCAUCCAACCUAUGCAUGGAAUAUGAGCAAGAGCUUGUCUCACCUAGAAGACAAUGUAUUGGGCUCUUGGACGCGUUGGAGCGCAAUGAGAAGAGCAGUGAAGAUGCAGAGGAGGAAAGUGACUUGGCUGGAGAGGAAAAGGCACAACGUCUGUCAACACUUUCCCUUCAGUAUGAGAAGAGGUUAACAGAUGAGCAGAAAGGAGGAAGGAAGAAAAUAAAGCUAGUCAGCAAUACACAAGCUGUCAAGAAAGCAGACCUGACGGAGCCGAAGAAGAUCCGAGCUACGUUGUACAUCGCAACAGUGAAGGAGACCCUAAGCCAACAGAACUAUGAUCUCUUCUCUAAGGCUCUUCAGCACUACAAGAAGACAGAUGACUUCCAUGCUAUGUUAUCUCAAAUGAGCUCCCUCUUUAUAGAGGAUGAAAAAAAGCAUAUCUUGUUACGAGAAUUCUACCAGUUUGUUCGACCUCAACAUAAAAAACAGUUUGAUGAAGCAUGUUGCAAUCUGACUGGAGUGGGCUGUGGCUACAAACCUGAGCACAGCCUCCUGCGGGAAGAGAGGGAGAUACUGGCCAAGAAAAUAGAAGAAAAACAGAGUCAGCAGAAAGCAGCAUUCUCAAAGGACUCAUGCCCUCAGCUAAACCCUGGGCUCCACUUGAACCGGGGAGGAUUCCACUUGACAGCAGGACUGAAUAGUGCAGGGCAGAAUGCCAGCCGAGCUCCAAGGAAAGACACUGAAAAAGCUUCAAGCUCUAGGAGAGAUCACCACCAGGUCCUCAGGGCUACCUAUCUCAACGAUGUGAAAAGGGCUUUGAACAAAAGCACUUACAGCCGCUUCUAUGAAGCAUUGUUAGCUUACAAGAAGACAGAUGACUAUGAUGCUAUGAUAUCAGUGAUAGCAGCCCUCACAACUGAGAGGCCGGAAGACUUUCAUCUCCUACAAAGGUUUUACAUAUUUGUGCGCCCUCAUCACAAAGAGCAGUUCAAACGGAUGUGUAAAGAUUUGACAGGAAUGGUCUGUGGCGAGGGAGAGAAGGAAUUGCAACAGCAAGUGCAAGGUGAAGGGAGCCCUCUGAGUUUGGAGAGCUGGUGCACUAAAGGAGAAAACAGCCACGUACAAGGAAGAUUCCAGUGCUCUAACUGCAAGUCUGAGGAUGAUGUGCCUUUUAAAUGUCCAUUAUGUGACUUCACUUGCUGCAAAACAUGCUGGGAGCAGUUCUUAAAGAUGAAGAAGAAGUGCCCAGAGUGCCACAGUGAUGUGAAGAAGCAGCGAUUAAUCCAAGUUUUCUUCUGGUCAUAA